UUUGAAAAAUGAAAAAUCCAAUCUUUCUCUUCUUCUCUGCUUCUUCUUCUACUUCUUCUUUCUCUUUUACUUUCUGACACAUCCUCCUCUCUCUCUCUCUCUCUCUAUCUUCACCAUGAAACCUCCGUCACCGUCAUUACCGUUACUCCUCCUUCUCCUCCUCCUCUCAUCCACUAUCUUCGCCGCUCCUUCCCUCUCUCCGACUCCUUCUCCGACCAUCUCUCCCGUUCCUCGCACCUCUCCCACUCCUCGCACCUCCUCUUCCCCAUUAGACCCAAAACAGCUCAAAGCCCUCGAAUCUCUCAACAUCCCCACCGCCAAAGAUCCCUGCAACCACCGUCCCUCCUCCAAAUCCUCCACCGCCGUCGUCACCUGCGACGCCGGCUCCCCAUUCCGCCUCGUCACCUCCAUCUCCUUCACAAACUGCUCCUCCGAUCUCUCCAUCUCCUCCACAGCUCUCAAAGCUCUCUCCUCAUCUCUCACAUCUCUCUCUUUCCUCAACUGCCCUUCUCUCUCCCCUCCGCCGCGUCUCCCUGAAUCACUCCACUCCUUCUCCGCCGUCAAUUCAUUCCUCCGCCGCCGCAAAGGCCUCUCCGGAGUCUUCCUCGCUCGUCUCGUUAACCUCACUGAUCUCACCGUCUCCUCCAUCCCCGUCUCCACCUCCGGUCUCUACGUCAUCCUCGGGAAUAUGCACGACAUCGUCUCCCUCACCAUCUCUCACGCCAAUCUCUCCGGGAGCAUCCCUAAAUCCUUCCACUCCAAUCUCACAUUCAUCGAUUUAUCCGAUAAUCUGAUCAAAGGCUCAAUACCCACUUCGAUUACUCUACUCUCCAACCUAAAGUCCCUAAAUUUGUCCCAAAAUUCGAUCUCCGGCGAGAUACCCGACGGAAUCGGAGACCUAAUCUCGCUCAAAAACCUGUCUUUAGCUUCAAACAAGCUAUCGGGUCCAAUACCCGUUUCGAUCUCCUCGAUUCCAGAUCUUACCCACUUAGAUCUGAGCGGGAACCAGCUAAACGGCACCGUUCCGAGAUUCAUCUCCAAGAUGAAGGACCUCAAGCACCUGAACCUCGCUAACAAUGCCUUCCAUGGAGUUCUUCCUUUCAAUGCCAGCUUCCUCAAGAAGCUCGAAGUGUUCAAAAUCGGCGGAAACAGUGAUCUCUGUUACAACCACACUGUUCUGUCGAAGAAGAUGAAAUUGGGUAUUGCUCCGUGCGAUAAACACGGCUUGCCGUUGUCUCCGCCGCCGCAGAAGGAGGAUUCGAAUUCCGAUUACGAUUACGACAAUGCAGAUGAUACUAGUGAGAAGAAGAAGGAAGAGCAUCAUGGUCCUAAUAAGGUUGUGCUUGGUGUUGCCAUUGGACUCUCUUCGCUUGUGUUCUUAAUCAUCUUCUUGAUCCUUCUCGCCAAAUGGUGUGGUUGAUUCAAUUUGUAGUCUUUUCUUAUCAUUCGUUAGUGAAUACACAGGAAAAAAAAGGUAAAAAGCUCUAAUCUUUGAGAUUGAUUAGGGUUCUUACGGGAUGAAGAAGAGGAUUAGUGAUUUUUUCGGAGAAUAACCGAACCGGUUCUCCGCACUAAUCCCGGUUUAGUCUUGUAUUUUUUGCUAUUUUUUACUUUGAUUUCACAUUUGAGUGAGUAUUAUUUUUUAUUUGUUUCUCCUUCCAUUAGUCUUUGGUUUCUUUUCAGAUUUUGUUGUACUUUUGAGUGUCUGUGCUAAAGGAUUAUUUUGUAAUAAUUAUUGAAUUAUU